AAAAAACAGAACACAAUCACUAAAGGCAGGAAAAAAAGAACUAUCAUCAUCAUCUAGUAAAGAAGUUUCUUUUCAAGAUCAAAUCAGCAACCAAACGAAGUGGUAUAGAUCCUUGUAGUCACUACACCAUUCAUCAAAUCUAGCAUAACUCAGAAGUUCCGACGUUAGAUUCAAACGUCCUCUGUUUAUCUGUGCUCUUGUUUUCAUCUUUCUCUCUCAAGUUUAGCACAUCCACGAAACGAAAGAAAAAAAAAUCAAGGCAUCAAAAACAUUCACUUCAAUGGCAAAGACAUUAGCACAAGGCAGAAAACCUGGGAGUGGUCGAAAACCUGGAAAAGGAAAGACCCUAGCACAAGGUCGUAAGCCUGGAAGUGGGAGAAAGAAGAUUCACAAGGUUUCCGGGUCCUCAGAUGGUUCAAAGAUUUCACCGUCAACUGUGAAGAAUUUGAGUGUUGAUUUGCAGAAUGCACAGCAACAUGGCACAGGGCACGAUAUUUCCAUGACGAAUUCAUCAACGAUAUACCCAAGCCAGAGACAAAGUCAUUAUAACCAUCACGACAGCAACGACAUCAAUACAAAUAACCGCCAAUCCACAUCGAACCCAUCUGUUGCAUCGCCCUCACAGGGAGACUCUGUACCAAUGAUGGCCGCGACUUUGAGUACUUUCGCAGAUAAUGAUGUUGUGAUAUCGUUACGGUCAUCACAGUUACCGCCCUUGAACGCGCAACAGUUGCAUUCAUCUCUACCACAACAACAGCAGCAACAGCAGCAACAACAGCAACUACAACAACUACAACAACCACAACAACAGCACUACCAAACGCAGUUGCGUAGUGUUACACAACGCACUCCAUCGCAAAUUUCAGAACGCAUGGAUUUUAAAAAGAUGUUCUUCAACAACUUGGAUGCAGAUGCUGAGUUGGUGUAUUCGAGGUAUCCACGAGAUGCGAAAUGAUGUGAUAUUUCUCGGAUGCUGUUAAAUAGAAACAGAUCACAGUCAUCUGUGUACUAAUAUAAUCACCAAUUAGCUUUACCAAAUUGUGUCGUUCUAGAAC